CGGGAAAUUUUGAACUGUUUUGAAGAAUUUCGUAAGUUUUGUGAAUUCCGUAAUGAAGAUAAAGAUGAUAAGGUGAUAAGGAUAAAUGAUUAACAUCAUUUGCAACUCCCGCCGUUGUUCCCGUGGAAAAAGAAAAAACUCAGGGCGCUUAUGAUGUCGUCGGGGAGCGAGAACGAACACUCGGGCACGGACAGCUCCUCAGAACUGGACGCGUGUGGCCCGCGGUUUAACCCGUUGAGGGCACUCUACUCGGAGCGGACCAAAAUUCCAACCACCCAUGCCCGGCUUCACGAUAACGUGCAAACUCUCGAAGCAAAACAGACGACGCUGGGCGGAUUUGAAGAGCCGUUCGACGAGGAUCGUCUCAAACAGAUCCGGUCAGCGAACGCCACGAAGAAGAAGCUGCCGGCCGCGCACGAGAUCCCCCAGAGACGCUUUCUCCCCUCGCAAGGACUCAUCAAAGUGGAACGGCCACUGCGCUACCAGAAGAACCUGCUCAAUCGCCUGGACAAGAUCGCCGUCGGACCGCUCGCUGCGGUGAAACGGUGGAUGGACACGAGGACACGUGUGCGCAUCUACGUUCGCAAACAGCGCGGCAUCCGAGGGCACGUGUCCGGCGUGAUCGAGAUGUUCGAUCGACACUGGAAUCUGGCGAUCAGUGACGUGCACGAAUCCUGGAGGCGUCGAAAGUACCGCUACUCAGAGAUACCAGGACCACAGUUGGGCACACCGGCGGAGGACUGCAGCGAGCGAUUGCGCCAACUAGGUAUCACCUUACCUACCGUGAAGACGCGUAGUGCCGACAAAAAAUAUGUGAUCUGCACCCGAACGGUGCACAAAAUGUUAGUUCUGGGCGAACAGGUUGUCCUGGUCACGGCCGAACCCAAGACAACCGAUCCAACGGUCGAACCUGCUCCUUGUCCUGCCAUGUUUCUCGUUAAUAAAUAGAAUCUUCUA